AUGACAACGUUCAACGACCGCCCAUUGCUUUUCAAGCCCAAGAGACAAUCUCUUGGCCAUUCGCCGGCGCGAUCAAAGCUUAGCUCCGACGACAUACUUCUACAUAUUACGCCCUCCACAGCCGUCGAAGCCCUCAUGUCCCCGACGGGCGCCAUUCGCGCUUGCAUGUCGCUCGCCUCCCCUGCCGAGCGCGAGUUCGCCAUGCGCACAGCUCUCGCCUCGCAGAGAAUAUAUGAAUGGCUCACAGAGAUGCGCGUCUGGACAUGGCCAGAUCAAGGUGGCUCCGCUGGCUUUGAGCGAGAUGCGCAGCAGGUGCGCCGCACUCUGUUUGGCUCUUCCACAAGUUCCACAAGCUCUCAGCGACACCAAGAAGAAGUCUACAUGGGGAGCUUGCCCCAGAACCAAGUCGCCGACUAUGCCCGCCGCAUAGAAGAGAUAUAUCACGACAUGGACCAGCUUGAGUUGGAGGAUAUAAAAAAACAUAUUCUGACCAUCCACGUCAUGCCAAUAUCACGAUCAACGACGCCCGUGUCAGAGGGCGGCCACUACGAUGCGGCUACGCCGUCUUACCAUAGAAUGGGCGAUCUAUCUGCUGUGGUGACCGCCAUUGUCGUCCAGGCUCUCCCCAACAUUGCCCGACUAACACGCUUACUGCAAAUAUGGACGAUGCGCAUCACGGUAUUACAACACAUAAAUCCUGUUCUCGGCGCAAUUGAGGAUGCCGAGAGAAUAAUGGAUGACGCAUGGGAGCAAGUUUCGUUGCUCGCCCAGGAAAAGGCUCGUUUGGAGAGAGGCAAAGGCGAGGAGCCCUUGGAACCGGUACUUACCAAAGAAACAUUCGGUCCCAAGAAGCGCUCAAUCAUGCGCAAGAUCGCCAAGCCUGGCCGCACCCUUGACUACAUGCUGGACUGCCUCGAAGGCCUCGAAGACACGCUCCCCGACCACUGGCUGGAGCGAAUGGAAAUGACCGAGCAAAAUUUUGGCGAGUGGGCGGCUGUUGCUGAGCGCAAGAUUAGAGAGAUUGAGUGGCUGCGCAACAUUCUGGACAGUCAAAAUGAAGAUCGUCUCAAGUCGCAGGAUGAGUCUGCGUACACUGAUCAUGACACGACGGCAGACAUCUCGAUGCUGCAUAUCCAGGACAACCUGGCAGACAGGGUGGCUUCGCGUGACACUAUCUCGCCAAAGCGAGUCAUGGACAACCGCUUGUCGGCGCUCGCAGUGCUGGGACACCCCAUGCCGAACAUGGCAAGUGAAGUAGUAGCCGAGUCCGAUACACCGGCGAAGCAGAAACGCACCUCAGAUGAACUUGCACAGGCUACUAUGAGCCCUGUCAAGGAAGAAGUUGAAGAAGAAGAGGAACUUUGCUUGCCUGAGCUACGAAGUAGUGUCAUGGCCGAUAUUAGCGACCUUGCCGAUGACACGGUGCUCUACGGAAGCCACUUUGACGGUUUGUCGAGCGAUGGGCCCGAAAUCUCGGCAUCACCAACCGCAUUCAAAGGACCUGUUCGCCGAGCAGAGUAUUUUGACGACAGCCCGCCUAGUUCGCCGCCGCUGUCGCCGCCGAUGCCAGAUCAACACCAGAUGCGUGAUUCCGUCGUUCAUCUCGUCGAUAGCCCCCUGGUCAACUCUGGCUUACCCGAGUUUGAUGACUCCAUGGGUAUCAAGAGCCCUCUCGACAGCUCCUUUAUGGAGGACUAUGAGGAUACGUACUCGCUCCCCGACGCACUCCCUACGUCUGCCCUACACAGAGACAGCGUUGGCGACCAAAAGCUGCGCGAUCAAAUCAGUCAGAUUAUCGAGGGCAUCCCAGCUAGAAUCAGCCUCCAGUCUGAUACACCUAAUAUCAACCUCAAUCCGCCCGAUCUGCAGCUGCCGCACCUCAAGAAGAAGCCCUCCAAAGAUCGCUUCCGCCGCAGCGGAUCGGCAGUGAGCUCUCGCACCGCGACGCCCUCGUUUACGCUCUCACCUGCCAAGGCUUUUCGCCCACCGCGUCCUCACCGUGGGCAGCAAGAGAUUAAAGUUUAUCAUUUGUCACGCUCAACAGGUGAAGCGCCUAUCAAGCUCUUUAUCCGCUGCGUCGGACAAGAUGGUGAGCGUGUCAUGGUACGUGUCGGUGGUGGGUGGGCCGACCUCAGUGAAUAUCUCAAAGACUAUGCCAGCCAUCACGGUCGGCGUUCCGGCAAGCCAGAGGAGACCAAGGUCGAAGUGCGUGAUGUGCCGCAAGUUGGUCGCUCCACAAACAACAGUGUCAUCGCCCAAGCUUCCAGCCCGAGCAGCCGCCCCGGCUCACGACUUGAUGAUGUGUCGUCCGUCACCAUCGCGCCGAGUACACCGGUCAAAGUGCGCAAGACCCGCCGCAGCAUCGGUGCGUCUGGCAGCGAAGCCCCACGUUUCCGCCCCAAGACACCUGCAGCGACACUGCACUUCUCUUCGGUCGAGAACACGCCCGGGUCCGAUGCUGGUGGAGGCUCUGCACGAUCGCGUCCCGGCUCCCGGCUGAGUUGGGCAGAGGACGACAGCCCGUUCCUGGGUCUCGCCGGCCCCUCGGGCAAGAAGGUUACGAUGAGUGACGAGAACAAGGCAUGGGUGGAAAGCGUCAAGGAAAAGGUGCGUCUCGCUAGCGGCGAGCGCAAGAUGCCGCCAAUGGGAAACCCCCCGGGGCCGCCGCUGUCGAGCAUGGCGGCGAAUGUGGCGUCGGGUGCUGGUCCAGAGCGCUCGGCGAGGGGAACGACGCCCGUGGAGGACGCGAAGCGUUUUGGAGAGUUGGGCAAAGUAGGCGGCACAAAGAGGUUGUUUAGAAAGGCGGCGACGGAUGGACGACGAUCUGGCGCGGCAUGA